CAGGAGCCGCACAGCCCCCCGCCCUGCCGCCUGCUGGGCCGUGCGAGGAUGCGGCGCUGCGCCCCGGCCGCCAGGCUUGCUGCGCUCGAGCGCGCUCGCUGACCCCGCCGCGUCUCCGCCGGGCACCCCUCGCUCGGUUCUCCCGCGCCCCGCGCCCCGCCUCGCCCGGCCAUGCUGUCCCUCGGCCUCGUGGCCGCCUUGCUGUUGGCCGCAGGGCCCGCGCGGAGCCUGGGAGACGAGGCCAUCCACUGCCCGCCCUGCACGGAGGAGAAGCUGGCGCGCUGCCGCCCCCCGGUGGGCUGCGAGGAGCUGGUGCGCGAGCCGGGCUGCGGCUGUUGCGCCACUUGUGCCCUGGGCUUGGGGAUGCCCUGCGGGGUGUACACCCCGCGCUGCGGCUCGGGUCUACGCUGCUACCCGCCGCGCGGGGUGGAGAGGCCCCUGCGCACGCUGAUGCACGGGCAGGGCGUGUGCAUGGAGCCCGCGGAGAUCGAGGCCAUCCAGGACAGUCUGCAGCCCGCCGACAAGGAUGAGGGCGAGCACCCCAACAACAGCUUCAGCCCCUGCAGUGCCCAGGACCGCAGGUGCCUGCAGAAGCACCUGGCCAAGCUGCGUGACCGGAGCAGCAGUGCCGGCAAGAUGAAGGUCGUCGGGGCGCCGCGGGAGGACGCACGGCCCGUGCCGCAGGGCUCCUGUCAGAGCGAGCUGCACCGCGCCCUGGAGCGCCUGGCCGCCUCGCAGGGCCGCACCCACGAGGACCUCUUCGUCAUCCCCAUCCCCAACUGUGACCGCAACGGCAAUUUCCACCCCAAGCAGUGUCACCCAGCUCUAGAUGGGCAACGUGGCAAAUGCUGGUGCGUGGACCGAAAGACAGGCGUGAAGCUCCCGGGGGGCCUGGAGGCCAAGGGAGAGCUGGACUGCCACCAGCUGGCUGACAGCUUCCGAGAGUGAGCCGGGCGCAGCGCAUCAGGGGCUCCGUGCUGUCCUUCCCUGAGCCCCGGGGCUGCAGAGUUGGCCCAGAAGUUUUUCUUAGGUGUGUGUGUGUGUGUGUGUGUGUGUGUGUGUGUGGACAUGAGUGUGCCCAGUGUCCUUUGGGGCUUAGAUGGCCCAAGAGGUUCGAGUACGGCAAUGGGGAGCCCUGACGUGUUUCCAGAUCCAUCCUGGAUCCAUUCAUGUAUUCAUUCACCCAUUCACCCACCUGAAAACAUUUAUUGAUCACAUGCUAUAUGCCAGCGCUGGUUCUCACCCGAAGCCGCAUCCUGACUCCCUCCCAUGUAGGCUUUCGGCUUUCGGUGUUGAUAGAAUGCUGAGAGGAAAAGAGGUGUGAACACUGCCAUCUUUCCUCCCCUCCUCUGGCCAGGCCAGAGGUUGGGAGCCACAGAGGAGGUGCAAGUGGCCCAGGGCAGGGCCCCCUAGCAGGCACCUCUCACCCACCUUCAGACCUGGGCUUGGGGAGGGCUUUCAGGGAAGGGCAGGAGGCAGCCAGGUGUAUGUGCUGGGGUGAGGCAAGGUUUCACUGGGUUCUGUUCCCUCCCCUUCAGAGGGACCCCAGUUCCCUGGAGUAGGGGCCCUGCCGGUGACUCUGCCUCUCUCCCCAUCUCUGUUGCCCCUACUCCAGCCCCCGGGUAUUUCCGGCUUGGCUGAAGGGCAUGUGACUUGGGGACCCGCUGGCUGCCUGUGAUACCUUUCUUUUCUUUCUUUCUACCUUUUUUUUUUUUUUAAAUAAAACAGAACAAAGCCAAAAAACAUCCA